UAGUUGUCUACAUUGUACUAAUGGAUCACAAGGAUAACUCUACAAGACACAAUACACAUACUUAUAGUGGUAUUUCACCACAAGAUACACAUUCACACACUUAACAUUCUAGCUUUAAAACUACUCCCACUUAGACAUGAUUAUUCCUAAGGACUAGACUAAAACCACAAGUAACGUUAAACUACUAAACCUUACACCACAACUCCUCUUAACAACUACUCUUUAGCUACUCUAGCUUAGCUUAAUUAUAAGCACACCAUAUGCACAAAAUCUGGGCUCAACUCUAAUAAUAGCCCAUUUACUAACCAAAACACACAAUUACUAAUUUACUAUGUGGGCUUCACUCUAGCCCAAUAGCCUCAUCUUUGACUUUCUCAUCUCUUCUGUUGACUCUUCUUCUUCGACAACUUCUUCUUCUCCUUUUGCUUUGCUUUUGGUUCUUCUCUUUUCUUCAUCUUCUUCCCACUUGAAGCUUUUCUCUUUUUCAGGUUUAAUCAAAGUUUCAAUUCCAACACAGAAUCAUAAGAAAAUCUGGUGUUCUCAAAUAUGGCGGAUAAGGAAGAACAAGAGACGAUGACCUCGUACAAGCUGUUUUUGAGAGUCAUAAGCAAGAGGAGAACAUGGGUCUGUCUGUUUCUUGUAGUCUACGCGGUCCUUUUGUCUUCUUCAAGAAAUUCGUUGAAUUCGAUAGUGAAUUGGUACGGAGAGAAUCAUCAGACAUCAUCUGGUUUGCCUGCUAUUUACGCGUCGGUUCUUCUUGGUGCGGUGUUCGGAGUUCUAUCUAUGGCGGCAGCUCUGUUCAUCGCUGUGCCAGCGAUCGUUGUGAUCUGGAUAUCGGUAGUGGUGACAAUAGCGUUCCCCGUAAAGUCGAGGAAGAAAGUGGUGAUUGAAGGAAGGAAAGUGACGAAAGAAAUUGCUGGUUAUGUGUUUAAGGUUCUUCUUAAAGAAGGAAACUUUGUGGCUCUUCUUUGUGCUGUUAUUGCUUACUUUGUCUUCUUUAACUCUUAUUACUCUUCAUCUUCUUGAUUCAGUUUUUGCAUUUUGUCAUUAACGAAAACAUUCAUAACUAAUAUAUUGACAUCUUAUCUUAUGGUAUAUGUUGUAAAAUAGUACAACACCCCA